AUGUACAGCGACGAUUUUAAUGAUGCAGAAUUUAUCAAAUUUAUUAAAGAACGCGAAAUUAUCAACUCAAAUGGCUCAGAUGGUUGUUGUUUGCUACAUCACGCUGUUAUUAAUGAUGAUUUAAACAUAGUUAAAUUAUUGAUAAGCAAUGGUGCCAAUAUUGAGUGUCUAACUAUGGAUAAAAUUUAUUAUGUGGCAAAUAUUAAACUUUGCAUAUUGGGAAAUCAAACGCCACUUCAUUUAGCAAUAUUUAAUAGAAAUGUGGAAAUUACUGAAUAUUUGAUUAAAAAUGGUGCUAAUCAGAAUGUUAAAGAUAAUAACAAUAACACACCCGAUGAAUUAAGUAGCAUUAAAAAAAAUGAUCAAGCUUAUAAUGCAGCCAUAACGAAAGUUGUCACUCGAAAUAUCACAACUGCCCAACAAACACAUGAUAAAAAUGAUAAAUCCAAUAAUCAAAUAAUAAGUUGUAACAUGUUAGAAUCUGGUCUUAGUAAUGCAUUUAGUACCAAAAAUUUAUCCGAAAAUAUUUUCAAUUCAUGUUCAUUAUUAAUCAAAGGAGUUUAUUCCAUUAAAUGUUUUAGUACAGAAGAUUGUAAUAAUAUUAUAAACUACGUUCAGAUUUUAAAUUGUUCAGCACCAAAUACAAUGAAUAAUUAUGGUAUUCGAUUAAGUGAUAAUCCUGAACUAAAACUUGCGGUUACUCACAUGAUCGACAAUGUAAUAAACAAAUUUUGUAUUGAUUUGUUUCAAUUAGCCAAUGAUACAAAAUUUGAAAUAUCUCAUUCAUUUAUUAUAAAAUAUAAAUUAGGUGAAGAUAUUGAAUUAAAAGAACAUCAAGAUGAUAGUUUUAUUACGUUAAAUAUAUGUCUAGGUAAACAGUUUACUGGAAGUCAGUUAUACUUUUAUGAAGAAAAUACUAUGAGAAAAUAUACACAUAUGCACAAUGUCGGUUAUGGAAUUUUACACUUUGGGAAUGUCAUACAUGGAGUUGAACCAUUGACAGAUGGAGAAAGAUGGAAUCUUGUACUUUGGUUAAAAUGUAAAGCAUAG